AUGAUUAUUGGUCCGCGACACCAUUAUGGACCGGUUGAUGCCAACAACACCGUCUCCGUCGUCAUGGCUACCGAAUUGUUCAUCGACUUACCAAACAGAAUCAUCGUUCACUCCUUAAGGCCUCUGACCAAAAUCACUGUAAACAUGACCGCUUUUCAACUGGCUUCCAACGAUAUCGGUUUAACUACUUUCAACAAUCUCGAAGCCACUGCCAUCACCGAUUCCGCCCAUGGUCAACGCAUGCACAUCUACGAAUUGGACUACUCGGUUCCAAUUGAAAUGAAACCUGGCAGUUCCUGCACGCUCCAUAUCACCUACUUCUAUUGUCACAGCGGCGAAUGUCAAGGCGAGGCUGAUGAAAAACAGGUGAGCAUAGAGAAGUACGUUCAGUUCGUGAAGCAUUUCAUCAUCAUUAUGGGCGAGACAGACAAACCGAUGUAUCGACCUGGCGAUCAAAUAAGAUUCCGCUUUGUCGCUCUCAGUAGUCGGCAGAUAGUGCCGUAUUCUGGUCCAUUGACAUGGCCCAAAUAUCGCGCUGUAGGUUCCUCAUGGAAUGACAAAUACCUCGAGGAAAUCGGAGAGCAUGAACGCGACAGGCGAAUGAAACCACCA